UGCUCCAGGGCGAGAGAGAGCCUCUGCUGUUCCCUAUGGAGGUUCCCCCCACAAAAGCCCCUCAGAGAGAGAGAGCGAGCGCUGGCUGAGGAGGAUCCUCUUCCCUCCCUGGCAGCUUCCCAAGGCCCUCUCCUGCGCCUCCUCCCAAGGCGCCCGACUUGGGGCUCCCUCCUCCCUUCCUGAGGGACACCCACACCCCUCCAACUCCCAGAAUUCCAUAGCCUUGAGCCAGAAAAGAGUUAAAGCGGGGCCAAACCGGGUUAUCUCUCCAGUGUGGAUGCAGCAAUCAAGAGCAGGCAGAUGGGGUCACCUUUGAUUUUCCCAAUCCACUCCUUUCUCUCUUCUUUCUCACCCUUCCUUUUCUCUCUCUCUCUCUCUCUCGCUCUCCUCUUUCCCCCCUUCCCUUUCUCAGGUGCUGCUGACUGAAGAACCCAGGCUCUUCUUGCCCAGCCCAGCCCUGCUGCUGGACUAGAGAGAGGAGGCAGGCGGGCGGGGGCUGUGUGCAACCGGCCUCUUCCUCUCCUUGGGUGUGUGUUUACAAAUCUGUUUGGGGGGGAAGAAGAAGCAGAAGAAGCAGAAGCGGAAGAAGAGAGAAAGAGAAAGGCAGAGCCGGCAGAAGACAGAAGCACAAGCAUCAUCAUCUCGGAGCUGCAAAGGAAAGAAGAAGGCGGCAAUAUUGUUGCUUCUCCUCCUCCUCCAGCAACAUUGUUGGCUUCCCCUUCACCUCCAGCCAGGCUGAUGGCGGAGUUUGGCAGCAGAGGGGCUGGCAUCCCCAGCCCUGGGGGGCUCGCCUCCCCUCCCAGCUCACCCCAGGGGAAGGUGGCCUUCAAGGCAGGCGAUGGGGAAGGAGGGGGUGGGAGUGGUGGCCCUCCAAGGACCCACAUGGACCCCACUGGCAAUGGGGUCUCCAACGGCGACUGUACUCUUUUGGGACCCAGAGAAGACCCAGAGUCAGCCCAGCCUGGAAGCCCUGGCCUGGAGCGAGGAUAUUCUGCCCUCCACCCCGAAGGGAAGGCUGGCAUCCCCAGGAAAACCAGCAUCAUCAAGGAUGGCACAAAGCAAAAAAGAGAACGGAAAAAGACAGUGUCAUUCAGCAGCAUGCCUACUGAGAAGAAGAUCAGUAGUGCCAGUGACUGUAUUAAUGCCAUGGUUGAAGGCUCAGAACUCAGAAAAGUUCGAUCCAACUCUAGAAUAUAUCAUCGAUACUUCCUUUUAGAUGCAGAUAUGCAAUCUCUGCGUUGGGAACCUUCAAAGAAGGAUUCAGAAAAGGCAAAGAUUGAUGUUAAAUCCAUCAAAGAAGUGAGAACAGGAAAAAAUACUGACAUUUUUCGUAGUAAUGGAAUUUCUGACCAGAUUUCAGAAGACUGUGCAUUUUCUAUUAUUUAUGGAGAUAAUUAUGAAUCUUUAGAUCUUGUUGCAAAUUCUGCUGAUAUUGCAAAUAUUUGGGUAACUGGGCUAAGAUACCUGAUAUCUUAUGGAAAACAUACACUAGAUAUGCUAGAAAGUAGUCAAGAUAAAAUGCGGACUUCAUGGGUUUCACAAAUGUUUAAUGAAACAGAUGUAGAUAAUUUGGGGCGUAUAUCCUUAUGCAGAGCUGUACAGUUUAUAAAAAACUUGAAUCCUGGUUUAAAAACAAGUAAAAUUGAGCUGAAAUUCAAAGAGCUACACAGAUCAAAAGACAAAACUGGUACAGAAAUCACAAAAGAAGAGUUCAUUGAAGUUUUUCAUGAGCUUUGCACUCGUCCUGAGAUUUACUUUUUGUUAGUUCAGUUUUCUAGCAAUAAAGAAUUCCUUGAUAGUAAGGACCUUAUGAUGUUUUUAGAAGCAGAACAGGGUAUGGCACAUGUCAAUGAAGAAAUAAGCCUUGAUAUUAUUUGUAAAUAUGAGCCAUCUAAAGAAGGUCAGGAAAAGGGCUGGCUUUCCAUAGAUGGAUUCACAAAUUAUCUUACUUCCCCAGAAUGUCAUAUAUUUGACCCAGAGCAUAAAAAGAUAUGCCAGGACAUGAACCAACCAUUAUCUCAUUAUUUCAUAAACUCAUCUCAUAACACAUACUUGAUUGAGGACCAGUUCAGAGGUCCUUCUGACAUCACAGGAUAUAUUCGUGCUCUGAAAAUGGGAUGUCGCAGUGUUGAGCUGGAUGUGUGGGAUGGUCCUGACAACGAACCUGUAAUUUACACAGGGCACACAAUGACCUCACAGAUAGUCUUCCGCAGUGUGAUUGACAUUAUUAACAAAUAUGCAUUUUUUGCUUCGGACUACCCUCUCAUUUUGUGCUUAGAAAACCAUUGUUCUCUCAAACAACAAAAGGUGAUGGUUCAGCAUAUGAAGAAAAUAUUGGGAGACAAGAUGCACACACAGUCUCCGAACACAGAGGAGUCUUACCUGCCUUCUCCUGAUUCCCUAAAAUGGAAAAUACUAAUUAAAGGCAAGAAACUAUCUCCUAAUUGCUCUGGGCUAGAGGGAGAUGUUACAGAUGAAGAUGAAGGAGCAGAAAUGUCACAGAGAAUGGGAAAGGAGGGGGUGGAUCAGCAGAACAUUGUCACAGUGAAACGAUUUCAGCUCUGUAAGGAGCUUUCAGAACUGGUAAGCAUCUGCAAAUCAGUCCAGUUCAAAGAUUUUCAGGUUUCAUUUCAGCUUCAGAAAUACUGGGAAGUUUGUUCCUUUAAUGAAGUGCUUGCUAACAGAUAUGCCAAUGAAAAUCCUGGUGACUUUGUGAAUUACAACAAACGCUUCCUGGCCAGGGUUUUCCCUAGCCCUAUGAGGAUUGAUUCUAGUAAUAUGAAUCCACAGGAUUUCUGGAAAUGUGGCUGCCAGAUAGUGGCAAUGAACUUUCAGACGCCUGGGCUGAUGAUGGACCUCAACAUUGGUUGGUUUCGACAAAAUGGCAAUUGUGGCUAUGUACUACGGCCUGCUAUAAUGCGAGAAGAAGUAUCUUUUUUUAGUGCAAAUACAAAGGACACUGUGCCUGGAGUUUCACCACAGCUUCUUCAUGUUAAGAUUAUUAGUGGACAGAAUUUCCCCAAACCCAAAGGGUCAGGUGCCAAAGGUGAUAUUGUAGAUCCUUAUGUCUAUGUAGAAAUCCAUGGAAUCCCAGCAGACUGUGCAGAGCAAAGGACAAAAACUGUGCAUCAAAAUGGGGACAAUCCAAUUUUUGAUGAGAGUUUUGAAUUUCAGAUUAAUCUCCCUGAACUUGCUAUGGUACGUUUUGUAGUGCUAGAUGAUGAUUACAUUGGGGAUGAAUUUAUUGGACAGUACACAAUUCCCUUUGAAUGUUUACAGACAGGUUAUCGGCAUGUUCCGCUUCAAUCUUUAGUAGGAGAAGCUUUAGCACAUACUUUCUUGUUUGUUCAUGUGGCCAUUACUAAUCGAAGAGGUGGUGGGAAGCCUCAUAAACGAGGCCUUUCUGUCAGGAAAAGCAAGAAAUCCAGAGAAUAUGCCUGUAUGAGGACGUUAUGGAUUAAAACCAUUGAUGAAGUGUUCAAGAAUGCUCUCCAGCCCAUACGGGAUGCCACAGACUUGAGGGAAAACAUGCAGAACGCAGUAGGUAUGUUUAAAGAGCUGUGCGGCCUUUCUCCUGUAGCAAAUCUCAUGCAGUGCAUUCUGGCAGUAUCUACGCGCUUGGUGAGAUCUGAUAACACACCCUUGGUGGUGAUGAAUCUUAAUGAUCAAUAUCCUGCUAUGGAACUGCAAGGGAUUGUUCCAGAGGUUUUGAAAAAAAUUGUAACAGCAUAUGAAAUGAUGAUUCUCAGUAUCAAGACUCUGUCAGAAACUGCAGAUAAUGUGUAUGAAAAGAUAGUCCACUGUCAAAAAGCAGCAAUGGAGUUCCAUGAAAACUUACAAAGUAUAGGAGCCAAGGAAGGUUUAAAGGAAAGAAAACUACAGAAAGCAGUGGAGAGUUUCACCUGGAAUAUUACAAUUUUAAAGGGCCAGGCUGAUCUUCUCAAAUAUGCUAAAAAUGAGGCACUGGAGAACCUAAAGCAAAUACACUAUGCUACUGUUUCAUGUGGACUGAAUAAGACAGGAUCUGAAAAUUCAGAGUCUUCAAAACCUCGUCGAAGCCUGGAAGCUAUACCUGAAAAGGCAGCCGAAGAAAAUGGAGAAUGAGAGAGAAUUCUCACUAUUUUGGAGUUUAUAACUCUUCAACCAUUGUAGCUGCACAGGACAUUUUGCUUUGCACUUACUGUUGGGGGGGAAUCCUGGAAUUUUAAAAGCACAACUGGAGAAGCUAAUUACAAUCCCUGAAAACUGUGAAUGUACGUAGCAAUUCUGUGUGUGAAGGCAAUUGAAUUGUUCUACCAUGAAACAAUAUUGCUGGCUAAAACACGCUGUAUAUGUGUAAACAAUGUUCAUGAUUCAACAACAACUUGCAGAAAUUAUCAUUAUCAUUCAACAGACAAACAGAUUGGUUUUCCUGGUUGGAAAUAAUGCUAUAAUGGCAAGGGAAGGAACUUUUGUUAGUGCUCAGAAAAGUGCCUUGAUUUGGGGGGGAAAUCUAGGUGUGCAGUAUAAUUUCCUUGAUUUAGGAGCAGGGCAGUUCUGCAAUCAUUUCAAGUAACUAGAUCUAUUGUUGCACAUCUGACCCGUUUUUUAAAAAAAUGCACACAUUUUACCAAAUUGUGUCAUUCAGAUACUUUCAAUGUUCAAGUGUGAACAUGCUACAGUUGUAGGUUUCUUUUUUUGUUAUUGUUGAGCCAUAAAUUAAAAGGGGAAUGUAAAGACAAAGUGCUUACUCGUGGCACAGCACACUGUGUGAGAGCCAUUGCAUAAGAAGGAACAUGUGCAAUCAGUCUGCCAUUAAAUGCCUGAAUAAGGUGCAUAACCUAUUUACACUGAAGAACAUCUGCAGAUGUCUACAGCUAAUGUAAAAGUGACCAAACUGCAAACAAAACAUUGUAAAUAAUUUUAUCGUUUUGUGAAUGUGAAGAUGUAUUCACAUUAAACUGUUUUAUGAUACAAUUCCCACGUUAUUGGCCUAAACUGAAAUUUAAUGAUGUACGUUUUGUUUCAGGUUUAAAUAGCCUUUCUUAAACUUCCAGAUCCAUCACUAUUGUCAGUACAUGGUUUUAACAGUGAUUAUUUCUGUUCUCAAAAUUUCAUACACACUGUGAGCUGUGAAUACAUAAACCAAGAUCUGCCUCCAAUGUUUUUGGUAUAAACAAAAUGGGGUGCAGCAUCUCAAGGUGCAAUAAAUGUGAAACAGAAGAAUUUUUUUUCAGAGAUUUAAAGUGUCAUUUUGUUAAGGAACAUUGAUACCUUUCCCCUCAUCAACACUGAUUUCUUGUGAGACAGUCAAUGAGCAUUUGCUAUGUUGUGCUAAAAAGACUUACUGCGUUCAAAUGUCUUUGGUUCUGUGCAUCUCAAAAGCUUCCUUCCCUUCCAGCAGGGCUUAUUCAAUAAAACUACCAGAUGCACCAUUUUAGAUCCUGUUUCUACAAUUUAA